GUUAGUGUUCCUUGUCAAAUCAGCUGAGGUGGUAGCCUGCUAGAGUGACAAUGAAAGUUUAGGGAAUAAAAGAUUAUUUUUAGUGCGAUUUCCGUGAUUUUUUAGUGAAAAGUGACAAAAAGAAUGGAUUAUAAAGUCGUAGUCUACAAUGCUGCCCGUGAUGGCAACUUAAACAGACUUAAGAUAUAUCUGCAUUGCAAUAAAGGGAAAGAAGAGGUGUACAUGCUGGUGGGAGCGAAGACUGCGGGGGCGACCCCAUUAGUUAUAGCUUGCCGGAAUGGACACUAUGAUGUAGCGGAAUAUUUGAUAGAAAAAUGUCAUGCUGAUCUAGAACAACCUGGUUCCGUAAUAUUUGACGGUGAAACCAUCGAAGGUGCUCCACCAUUAUGGUGUGCAGCAGCAGCAGGUCACCUUCAUAUAGUGAAACUUUUGAUUAGUCACGGUGCCAAAGUCAACACUACUACACGUACCAACUCCACUCCUCUUCGAGCAGCUUGCUUCGAUGGUCACCUCGAUAUCGUCAAGUACCUUAUUCAACAUGAUGCUGACAUAGAAGUGGCCAAUAGGCAUGGACAUACUUGUCUAAUGAUCGCUUGUUAUAAAGGACACAUCAGCAUAGCUAAAUAUUUGCUCAGCAUAGGGGCCAGUGUUAAUAGAAAAAGUGUUAAAGGAAAUACAGCGUUGCAUGAUUGUGCAGAAUCCGGAAGCUUGGAAAUUUUGAAAUUACUGCUAGAACACGGAGCAAAAAUGGACGUAGAUUCUUAUGGAAUGACACCAUUGAUGGCUGCCGCAGUAACAGGACAUAAUCAUAUAGUAGAAUAUUUAAUACAAAUUCCAAAUUUGGUCAAUAGAAAAGAAAGAAUUGAUGCUAUAGAAUUAUUAGGUGCAACUUGUGUUGAUAAGAAACGUGAUAUGAUAGGUGCUUUAGAAUUAUGGAAAAUAGCAUUAUUGGAAAGGUACUUUUAUGAUCCAAAACACCCUAUCCCAAAACCAAAUUCUCAAAAAGUAGCAGCUUAUGAUAAUGUUAUUGAAGUUGAUGACAUCGACAACUUGGACGAUCUCCUAGCCGAUCCUGAUCAGAUGAGAAUGCAAGCACUAGUAAUGAGAGAAAGAAUACUUGGACCAGCCCAUCCUGAUACUAGUUACUAUAUUCGUUACAGAGGGGCAGUAUACGCCGACGCAGGUAAAUUCAACCGAUGCAUUGAACUAUGGAACUAUGCUCUAGAUAUGCAACAAUCAAUGCUGGAAAGAUUGAAUCCGAUGACACAAAGUAGUCUUUUCAGUUUUACGGAAUUGUUCUCUUUUAUGAUGUGUGAAGAAGGUAAACAUAGAGGAACAAGAGGCAGAGUUGUUCCAUCUGUAGACGUAAUUGAAAUUUUGAGGGUGUUUAAAAAGGCUGUUAGAGAAGUGGAAUUAGGAAAUUUAACCAUAGAAAGAUUGUCUAGUUGCAAAGGAGAUUUGAAUUAUCUAACUAGAGUAAUGGUUAUUACUCUUCAUUUAGCGUGUUUGUUGACUAAACUUUUAGAUCACCGUACCAGCAGCGAAGAAGUUACCAGGAACAUUUAUCAAGUGAUAUACCAAUUGGUCAAAUUGAAAAUUAGAGCUAGAUCUGGAAGAACCAUAUUACAUUUAGCUUGUUGUAAAGAAGUUGCAAUUUUGGGAAGAUAUCCCGCUUGUCAAUUCCCAUCAUCACAUCUGGCCGAGGUAUUACUUAAAGUAGGCGCCGAUCCUAAUAUAAAAGACGACGAUGGGAACACUCCUCUCCAUUUAACUGCUAUGACGAAACCUUGUCCGUCAUCAGUAGUUCAAGUGUUACUCGCUAACGGUGCCCACAUCGAUACCGUGAACAACGCAGGUGAAACCUUCGUUGAUCUUCUGAAAGGUCAACCUGUGCAUCAAUUAGUUAAUACGGCUAAAUAUACGAGACUGAGUUGCGCAGCAGCGCGAGUGAUAAGACAGUUCAAAAUACCAUAUAGAGGUAAUGUACCUCCUAAAUUAGAGUCCUUUAUAGCGUGCCACUGAUUUCAAUAAAUUUGAUUGUGAUUUAUGUAAGUUUUUCCUUUUUUUAAAUGUUUGUAACAUGCGAAUUUUAUUUGAUUUAAGAUUCUUUGUAUUUGUAAAAUGACAUUUUGUUGUUUAAAAACCAAACGCGAUUUCAGAAAAAAUGCAGAAUAUGAAUAAUGCUUGUUUAUUAUUAUUGUUUAGAGAAAAAAUAAUUAAAUCAGAGUUAAUUUUUUCCUAUCAUAUUUUUUUCACAUUUCAACUAAAUAAGUGAUUUAGGAAAUAAGUUAUUACUGUCAUUAAAUAAGUUUAGUGUUCAAAUGUCACCUAAACAUAUUUUUAUAAUACUAAUAAUAAUUGCUCUCGAUUUUUCUCCGGCCGUUCUCGACUCUCUAUUAUAAUUAUUAUAAUAAUUAUAAUUAUUAUAAUUAUUUUUUUUUCUUAUGAGAAAACAUUGAAAUUUGGUUCUCAUUGAGAUUUUGAACUGUUCUCCCAUGCUCUUUCUUGAGAUGGAAAUCGUGGAUCUUGGACAUUAACCAUCCUCUCGAGGGAUUUUGCCAUAUACAAGAUUUCUUUCGAAUUAAAUAAGUACCUUGGAAGGUUCUUAGAAAAGGGUUUUGGUGUGUCAUAAGCCGGUUGUUAAAAGUCACCUUUUUACCUAUUAGACUGGUCUCGCCUCUCAUUUCCCUGGACACGAGAGUAUCUAGGGACUCUAACAAAAUUGACAUAAUUAUUCGUCGAUUGCUUUUGAAGCUGCUCUAUCUAAUUUUGUACCACCUUACGAGGUAACAACUGCGAACUCGAGAGCUUUCCUAUUGUCACGGCAGAUAUAAUUGUGUAUGUUCUAUAUUUUGCAAAUUGCAUUUAUCUUUUCUUGGAAGAUUGUGGCUAUGAGACCGAGCCUUGGAGUCUCCUCUAUUUUUGGUCCAUCGCUACAAAAAGGUUCUUUUGUUCUUAAUUGUGUAACUGACCCAUCUGUGUACCAAACGGGUCCUUUUGGGCUUAGGAAAUUAGGAGAGUCAUAUUCCUAGUACGACCUCUCAGGACAGAUGACUUAAAUUUGGUUUUGAAAUUUUGGGGACGACGGUCGCACCCUAUGGCUUGUAUCUUAUUUCUUAUUAUUUUAGGACUUUGACCAGAAGCCUUAUCCAUUCAACCACAAAUUGUCAAUAAUCACCGUCCAUAUAACGGGAGAGGACACUCCACCUUAUGAGUUUCCUUUUUUCACAUGGGCCGCAAGUUCAGUAGUUACCAACUUCCAUCUUAAGACUUGAGGGGUUUAGUUCUAAGGGCGCCCAGCUCUUUACUCCACCAGGUCAUUUGUUCUUACAAACUCUACUGUUAAGAGGGCAGUCAGCUUCAUAGGCUUGCAUGAUUGCGUCUUGCACUCUGAAGACGCCCCAGUCCCUGAAUGGAUUACUCUUUAGGAGAAGGUAAUUUGACAUUGGCUAAAGAUUGUGUCCUCGGAACAAACCUGUCAGAUAGAGACUACUUUCGACAGCCCAAGGUUAGAUUGUUAACCUCCUGUCUUCAAGGGGGGCCCUAGAUUAUUGCUUGAAACGUAUUCGAGAAGAGUCGAUGUUAUUUAUGGGAUUUAUUGGUAUGGGAGCUGCAGUAAUUAAUUAAGACCUUUACCUUUUCUGGGUGGGACCUCUUCAUGAUCAUAAGGGAAAUAAUCAGGUGAUACCAUUUGUCUGGUUUUUGUCCCUUCGACAAAGAACCACUACAACUGCGAGGUCUCUGGUACACAGUUGGCAGAUCUUGAUCAGCCGCAGUUUCCUUUUGAUGAACAAGCUGGCUCUUGGUCCAAAAGAUGAAUUGUCUUGAAAAAUUUGUCUAUAUUUGACUUCUAACCUGACUCUGACUAGUCAGACAUUAAUUAAGUGCUCAUGUAUUAGAUAUAUAUUCGUCUGCAACCUUAAUAGGCUUCUACUAUAGACACCUGAGGCGGACUUGGCAGUGUUGCAAGUUGAUCUGCGAGGAAUAGAUUGACUUUGUAUUUUGUGAGGCAACUAUCGUUUUUUGGGACAGUUGUGGGAAUAUGAGGACCCAAUGACCGUGUUACUGGCCAUUUGUGGAUAUACCCUUACCAUUUUUCCCUGGUGGGGGGUAUAAAUGAGGAAGAUCCGGCCGUGUAACGAAGUCAGGGCAGAUUGAGUUCUUUUCAUAAUUCCCACCAGAGCCUCCUUGAUCGCUUGUGUGGCGGAAGAGAACUUUAUCUCGAAUGAGACUCGGGGCUCAGCAUCUUUAUAAGUCUCCUGUGUAAAAUACCUGGAAGGAUCCUUAUCCUUAUCCUUCGGAGUCUCAGAUGGAGUUAGUUCGUGCCAGUGCUUUUAUAAUCCUGGUGCGAUUUUUACGCCAGUCGGACUUCCUGUGGCCACUGUAGUCUAAGUUCUGACUAGAAAGGCACGUAUUAUUUGGAAGGGGGGCUGAGCCUCACUUAACUUCUCUCUGGUCCCCUUAUCUGCCACCUGAGACACACCCGAUCGGCACUCAACCAUGUUAAUCGCACUCGUUUUCAGAAUUAGAGCCACCUCGGGAUAAAAAAACGUAUUAAGAAAAUAUAUUCUUCGAUACUAGGUCCAAUUAGAAAACCAACAAUUUUUCUAAUAAUAAUUACAAAAAUUUCAAGGGUUUAAAAUGAGAAUAUGUGGAGUUCGACUAAACUGUCACUGGUAAAUUCAAAAAUGAUAAUUAUCAAAUGUUGUAUUGAACAAUAAAUAAAUCAUUACCAUUAUACAUAUUUUUUUUAUUUUAUAGUGGAUAACAAAUAUUGAUAAAUAUUCAUUCUUGUAUUUUUUUCUGAAAUAUUGGUUGAUUAUUUAUAAUUGCACCAACAGUUGAUAUUUACAGUGGUUUAUUUGAUGAAGACUCUCCUAUAAUUGUCCUUUUAAACUUGUGACUAGACAUAUAAAAAUAAUUUGAAAUCAGAAUGGCCAUGUUUUGUAUUUUGUUACAAGGACUAUGAAGUUAAAGUGCAUAUAACUGUUAAAUAGAGCAAGGUUCAGAAUUUCUUAGUUUCUAGGCUAUUUGAAUGUUUCAGUGAAAUGUAUAUUUUGCUGUUUUUUGAGCAAGAGUUUCAACAUAUAUAUUAUUGUUUAGAAGUUUCAUUAUUGAAACAGAAAAAUAAAUUUUAAUUUGAAAUUUUAGGAUUGUUUGGGAACAAUUGAUAUUCUUUUAUGACAGUACACUUAAUGAAGGCUACAUUCUAAUAUAAAUGAUAUCGCAUUAAAGUAGAAGUGUAAUUGAAGAAAACUUCAAAAUCAUUAUGUUCCUAAAAAAGACAUAACUUUGUAAAAUAGGAAAAAACUUGAAGUAGACGUUAAUAGUGAGUCAUACAACUAUAACAUUUAAAAUAAUCGUGGGUCCAUAAGAAACUUUUCUGCCCUAAAAAUUAUGCAUUCAACCCCCCAAACAAACAGUGACAAUCGAUAUGAAAAUUCAAAGACAUCACUCUACACCAUCUGUGACUCCCAAGGUGGUCCGAAUGAACCCCUAGGUGUCAAUGGGAGAACUCGACAUUGGUUUAAGCAAAUUUCCAUUGUUGUUUGGGAAAAUGGUUGAAAUGUAGUAGCAGGUGGUCCAUUGAAGUCAGUGAUAUUUUGAAAGUGAUCCACAAGGAAAAAAAGUUUGAAUCCUCUAGUCUACACAAGUAACACUAGUAGCAAAUUCAAAUAUCAUUGCCACUUAAUGAAAAAAUAAAAAUAAGUUUAUUCAAUUACAUUGAAAUUAGCCUUUGUGAAUGAUCAUGUUAUCUGUAUUUCACUUUUAUUAGCCUCAAGGCUAAUGAACUGCUCAGAGAUUUUCAACUGCAAAUUGCUAAUAUUUGUUUUCGAUUUUUUACAAUACGCCCUAAAGAAACUAGUGAAGCAUUUGAAUCGAAAAAAUGUGAUAUAAUUGUACUAUGUAAAAAAAUAUGCACAGAUAUCGGCAAAUAUUUUUGACUGUCUGUCUGUUGAUAUUCUUAUAAGUAAAUUAUUAAAAAAAAUCGUACAAAAAAUACUGAAUGUUUAAAGUUUAGAACAAUAUUAGGUCUCCUUAGAGUUUCUAAAGGUCCUCAUAUUUUAUUUCAAACAAUAACGAAUCACUGAAAAAAUCUUUACUUUUGAUGAUCUUUGUAUUAUUGCAAAGUCAAACCUAAAAUAGGAGGCUUAUAUCUCAAAUUUAGUAGCAAACUGUAAUUUUUUUGUACAUGUAAUGCAGGAAGCAUUUUAAGAUCAGACCUCUGAUACAGGUUUACAUAUUAUUCAUACGAUCUAAAUUUUAAUAUUGGUUGUUUUGAAAUCAAACUUCAAAACUUUAGCUUAAGACUCUCAAAGAACCCCACGCACUUGGAGACUUAAUUGAAAUUGUUGAAAUUACCACAAAUUAUCAUGAUUAUUGUAACGUAAAUAUUCUCAAUUCUUCCUCCACGAAUCAUAUAUGGGGUCAUUUCAGGAAGAUUUUCAAGGUAAAAUGUGUCCAAGAAAAAUCUUUCUUAGAAACUGUUCUUUAUUUCCAAAAUCAUGAGGUAGUAUUAUUGUUUAAAAAUAGGCUAGCCAUUAACAGUGACCUUCACUGUGGAGCGUAACUAUCUUUUUCAAACAAUAUUCUUUUUCUGAAAAAAUCUAUUGAUUUUUGUGUAUUAUAUUUUAUAAAAUAUAAAAACACUACCCAGUAGUCUCAACUGUACAAAACGUCUUAUGAUGUAAAAUAAGAAUAAUUCAUUGGUGUAUUUAUCUAUAAUUUGUAAGCGACAGAAAAUUAGGAUAAAUAACAUAUAUUGUGUGUUUUGCUCUACAGUGAUUUACUCAAUUUUGAAAGAAAGAAUGAAGCACAGUAAAGGUUAUCACCACUAUAGUUUAAAAAAAUUCCAAUCUGUAAUCAAAAUAAUCUGCAAAUAUUUCUUGUAAAAUGGUAUUGAUGAGCUAAAAAAUAUAGUUUAAAAUACUAUUAACAAAUUCCACACUGAUAUAUUCUUAUAUAUCAAUUUUUUAUAAACGUUUGGAAAAUAUUUGUCAUUAUUAGUUGAGGUCUUUGACCGGCCACUUUACAGUGAUCAGUUUCUUCAAAGCGACUAUUAUUUACAAAUAAAUUUGGUAGCUUCUUUUUCCUGUUUGGUUAUUACAUUUCAAACAUGUAAUCAAACCAUUGUAAAUAAAAAAACUAAUUCAUUACUGUCAUAAUUCAUAGCAACAAUGGGGCUUUUACACAUGUAACAUCAAUAUGUAAAAUUUAAGCAAAAGUUAGAACGUAGCUUCUAAAUUUAUGUUGUUACUUAUUGCCAUUUAAAUCUAAAGUACUUCAUUGUCUUUGUCGAAUUUUGUAAUCAAUAUUUAACUAACUUCUAAUUAAUCUAUUCAGUUGAAAUUUCACAAAAAAUAUGAAGAACCAGCGGUUAGAUAAAGUCGUGGAUGAAAAUGCAUUAUUCAACUUUCUUAAAUUUUUUAUUUCAUUAUUAUAAUUUCAAGCAAUCAAACUUAUAGUUUUGAAAAGAUUCGUGCAAUUUUAUGAAUUUACAAGUUUUAUAUGAUGAUUUUUCAUACAAAAAUUUCAAUAUGGAUUAUAUCUAUUUUAGAACCCAGAGGUCAAUUAAUUUCUAAUGGGGAAAAAAUUUAAAUCUAUUCCUAAUCUUUCAGUGGAAUUUUCUAUUAAUUUUGAAUUAUGUUAAUUUAAAAAAUACUUUACAUCCCUAAAAAUUAAAAAAUAUAACAAUUGUGUUGGUGCUGAAUUGUAGAGAAAUAUAUAGAAAAAACAGUUUGCUAAACAAAUCUUUCAAAAUUUGUACAUAGGUAUAUGACGGCCCAUUCAUAAAUUGUCACAUAUCAAAAGAGGAGAAAGGACUAAUGAAGUGUGACAUUGUGUUACAAUUAGUCUGUCAUCGAAACAACAAAAAAUAAUUUUUAAAGUGCUAAAAAAUUCAUGGUAUGCUAGUAAAUCAUGUAAAAAAGAAUAAAAUACGAAAAAAUGAUUAAAAAACUGAAAUAAUUUAAAGUUACGUUCAGUAGUGUAUUUCUUAUUCCUUAUGGUUAUAUUACAUACAAAUACAUCAAGGACAAUGCAAAUCCGGGAGGAACUUGUUUUAUAUAUAUUCUAUUAUUACAAAUGAUUAACACAACAAUACAAUACAAAUGUGAUUUUAUAAGAGAUAAAUAUUUGACAAUAUCUUUUGUCACUGGACACUUUAUUUUGUUAUAUAACAAUGACACCUAUUCUGUUUAAUUUGUGAAUUAAUUUAAACAUAUAUUAAUAUUUUUCAAUGAUAUACAAAAUAAAUCAAAUAAGCAAACUCUGGUUGCUUAGAAAAGGUAAUUAAAAAUAAUCUAAAAAGUAUAUAGGGUGUCUAAUAACUAAUGGUUCAUAUACCUGAAACUAGAGAAAUGUGAAAUGGAACUAGGUUGAUUAAUGUGAAUAGUAAAGAUUUUUUCAGAAAUUAUUAGUUUAAAAAAUGAUGGGAACCAAAAUUUUAGGAGAAUACAUUGGUGUUAGUGUUUUAUUGAAUACAUAGCAUUCAAUCGAAUUCUUAGACUAAUCAGACUCUGUAGUGUGUUUCUAGUUAAAUCUAUAGAAUCGACAUUAUAUUUGAAAAAAGUUAGUUUAAAUUUAGCUAAAUGAAUGUUAGUAUGUUAUCAAUACACAGAAAUAUCGUUUGUUUCUAAUUUUUUCAAAUAUUUUUGCUGAUAAAUAUUCUUGAUUUUAGGUAUUUUUAAUUGUAAUGACUUUAAAUAGAUAUAUCUUCAAAUGUUUCUAUCUAAUUUUGCUAUUUAUAUUUUGAUAAACGAAAAAUCAAGCGUUAUAUCUAUUUGAAAAGCCAUUACAAUUCAAUGAGACUUCAAAUUGAGACAAUAUAUCAGCAAUAUAAUUAUUUGUGUGUGUAUGUGUGUGCUUAUGUAUUUUUCUGGAAACAAGCGAACGAUGUUUUUGUUUAAGAUAGUUUUACUUAAAAAAAGUGUGAUUCAAUGAGUGCUGAGUAUUUACAUCUAUAUUAGCUAUAUGAAUUUUGUUAUAUAUUAAAUAAAAUAUUACAACUA